AUGGCUCGCUCUACAGCAGACUCUCAAGGGGCCAUUAUAUCGAGACUGAAUUAUCUACUGGAGCGCGCUCGUUCUGUUAAGCCGAGCACAUCUAUCGACCCUCCCUUGCAAGUCUCUGAUCUGAUCCGGGAAGACGAGUUUCUCUUUGACCCCAUAGAAGGCAGCGAUGAGGCACGUCGUCUCUCAGUGGAAACGGCGGCGAAGUCUCUCUUCUACGCCAACUUGGCAACCCUACUGCUGAUCGAAGAACUGCUCGACAGCCAGUCCAUCGAGGGCUGCCGGGUUGUGUUCAACUUUUUGGAGUCCCGAAGAGAAGCCAUCAUUGCUAUCAACUCCAAGAACAAGGAUCUCGUUAUCCUACGAUUAUGCAAUGAGCUUCUUCGCCGCCUAUCUCGUGCCGAGGAUCCAGUAUUCUGUGGACGUGUGUACAUUUUCAUGUUCCAGAGCUUCCCCCUGGGCGACAAAAGCUCGGUCAACCUGCGUGGCAACUUUCACGUGGAGAAUGUGACGACGUUCGAGGACUUCUUGAAGGAUUCGAGUACGGAAGACGACCAGAUGCAAAUCGACGACAUGGAGGCUGAACCUGUACUAAAGGGAGAGUCCAAGUCAGAGGAACACAAUGUCAAGCUUGGAAAUUCCAACGUACAGAAAGAUGAACUGUCUUCCACGAUGGAUAUCGAUUCCCUCUAUCCAGUGUUCUGGUCAUUACAACAUUCUUUCUCGAACCCGCCCCGGUUGUUCGAGGAGGAUCACUUCAAACAUUUUCAAAAGAGCCUGGAGGCCACUCUCGCCAAAUUCAAAGAAGUGCCUAAGGUAAUACAGGCUGGGGACUCUGAGCGAACAAAGGAGCAGAUGGAUCAAGAUGGAGAUGAUUAUGACGCUUUUGGCAAACGCCUACAACCCCAAAUAUCUCACAAGCCGCGAUCUGUUCAAGCUUGGAGGUACGCAAUCAGAGACAAAUUGGUUGAGGCGUUGAGCGAUCUCGCUUUUCAACGGCACAUCCUUGUCCAAGCACUGAUACUUGUCGACUUCCUUCUCACCCUGACAGAGAAGGCGAAGAGCAAGUCUAUCUACCAGAAAGCCCAAAAGGCUAUGCAGUACAACUUCACCCUUCGUGAAGAAGAUACCGAGUGGGCAUUGGGCAUCAAGACCGCCAUUGCAAAUUACCUGCAGGAGGGUCCAGAUGGCAAAUUCUACUACCGGAUGGUGGACACGGUCCUCUCCCGUGAUAAGAACUGGGUCAGGUGGAAAAUGGAGAACUGCCAGCCAUUCACUCGCGACCGAGUCGCCACUAAGGAUUUCCUAAAGGCGAAGUCUGGCGCGCAAAAAGCUGUUGCGAAUAAGGCGAACAGGAAGCCCAUGGGCGUGCCUGGCUCUCUGAAGUUUCUCUAUAACACCGAGGCAGAGACGGGCCUUGCACAAUUACGGAACGCGGAAAAGUAA